AUGGCGUCGGCAAGCGGAUCCCGAUUCCAGGCGUUUAUGAACCACCCCGCCGGUCCCAAGACUGUGUUCUUCUGGGCGCCUUUGAUGAAGUGGUGUCUCGUCGCAGCGGGAUUGAAGGAUCUUUCGCGACCGGCGGACAAGAUCUCGGUGCCGCAAAACGUCGCGCUCGCAGCAACGGGCAUGAUCUGGGUGCGCUACUCGCUCGUCAUCACCCCCGUCAACUACUCGCUCGCCGCAGUCAACUUCUUCGUAGGCUGUUCGGGGCUCGCUCAACUCUACCGUGUUUGGGACUUCCGUAGGCAACAUCCUGUCCAGGCAGCUAUCACCGAUAAGACCAACGAAGCCGCCAACAAGAUCUCGAAAGAAUCCCUGCCCCUCACCUCCAAGUAA